GCAACAUUAUAGGUGAAAAAUUUUGAAGGCAUUGAAGUCAUUCCAGAAAAAGCCCCAACGUUCAAGGACAUUUCCCCACAUUUUCUGGAGUCCAACGGAGCAGACAAUUAGUCUUUUACAUUUCCAACUCAUACCAAAACCAAAACAACUAGAUUUUUUUUCUUAGGCAGAUCUCAAAAGAAAAGGCUUUUAAUAUACAUAGAAGCCGCGGGCCAUCCCCUCGUUCACACACUCGUUUAUUUACUUGACGCAAAGAAAGAGGGUAACAGCUGUGGUUCUGAAAAAGAGUAAAGAUGGCUGGUUACAGAGCUGAGGAUGACUAUGACUAUCUUUUCAAGGUGGUUUUGAUCGGUGAUUCCGGUGUCGGAAAGUCAAAUCUGCUCUCGAGGUUCACCAGGAACGAGUUUAGCCUCGAGUCCAAGUCCACUAUUGGUGUUGAGUUCGCUACACGUAGCUUGAAUGUUGAUGGAAAGGUCAUCAAGGCUCAGAUUUGGGACACUGCUGGUCAAGAAAGGUAUCGUGCCAUAACAAGUGCCUAUUAUCGAGGAGCUGUUGGCGCACUUCUUGUGUAUGAUGUUACACGACACUCCACAUUCGAAAAUGUCGAGAGGUGGUUAAGAGAGUUGAGGGAUCACACAGAUCCCAACAUUGUAGUCAUGCUCAUUGGUAAUAAAUCCGAUCUUCGUCACCUUGUGGCUGUCUCAACCGAAGAUGGGAAAUCCUUCGCGGAGAAAGAAUCCCUCUACUUCAUGGAAACUUCUGCCCUGGAAGCUACUAAUGUUGAAAAUGCAUUUGCCGAAGUUCUGACACAGAUCUACCAUAUCGUGAGCAAGAAAGCUAUGGAGACCAGCGAGGAAGGGAAUGCUUCAGCUGUCCCAUCAAAGGGAGAGAAAAUCGAUGUGGGUAAAGACGUGUCAGCUAUGAAGAAGGGAGGUUGCUGCUCAAGCUAGGAUGAUCACACUAAUCUGAAGUCAGAUUGUUUAAAUGAUGCGGCCGGGGUUUCGAUUUCAUCAUAAACCUUGGUUUUGUAAAAUUUUCUUAAAAGGGUGCCUAAAGUAGGAGAUCUGAGCAGAGAUUGAAUUAAUUUUUCAUUCAUUUUUUUUCCCUGAUGACUGUUAUUGUUAGUAGACAAGAGGAUUACGAAGAACAGGGUCUUACACUAUUGCAUUUAAAUAUGUGCUUAGAACGUCUGUUUACUUAGAACAAA